CUGUGAGCCAAGAUGUUGGCCUUCCGUGCCCACCCAGACCCGGUUUGGGCCACCAGAGGCUGGAGUGCUUUCCCUGUGCAUUCCGAGUGUUGCCUGCAUGCUCACUGGGUCUGGGCCACGUUCACAGAUUCAAGAUUCCUGGGGGCUCACUGUGUUGCUUCAGCAUGAGCUCUUGGCAGGGGUGUACUCUGCCCUCAUCCGACUGUAACCCAAAACUCCUUUUCCUACCCUAAAAACAUUUCAGUUCUACAUACUAAGAAUCCCCUUGUGCCCUCUGCUCCUUCUGCCAACAUGCACAUUCCAGACUCCUGCCUGCUCCUUCACCCUGAGUGCAGUGGGUUGGGGUGACCUACUAAACCUGCUCUAGCUGUUGCUAGAAGGCUGCUGUAGCCAUCGCACUCAUGUAGUUUGGAAGCUUGAGGAAAAACAGGAGCCCAUUUCUUCCUUCUGCGCCCUCUAGUGGUCUUCUUUCCCUUUGUGUUACGCCCCUAAGAAGAAAUUUCCUGUCUUAACUCCUGCUGCCUGCCUAGGGAGCAAAGCUGGAGAUUUGGGCAGCCUGAAUCCCUUGGUCCCUGAGCUCGCUCCUGGAUGUGUGUUCAAAUGGGUCUGCCCAUCCAGCCUGGGCAGGUGCCUCCGGCAAGGCCAGGGUGCGAGAAUGAGUUCCGGGACCUUUGUGCCCAACGCACAUUCUUGUCCAUUUUCCCAGCUGCCCCCUUCCAAAAGUCAUGCUCAGUGUGAUGAAAGAUCAGCCUUGGUAGGGUGUGGGUCCAGGUGAGCGCUCUCAGAGAGGCUGAGGUCUGCUACAACCCCAGGCCUGCUGCUGAAUAAGGCAGGCUGCUCUUACGAGAAAGUCUUCCUUUUCUGUUUUUUCCUGGCUUUGCCCCCCGGGGCUAUGAUGCAGCAGUACUGUAACUUGCGCUAGACCUGGAAAAUUGGACCUCUGUGGGGCUCAACAGCUUUCUGGAGGAAGGUCAGCCCCCUGUGGUGGCCACCCUCUGCUUGUACUAGAGUUCUUGCAGGUGUUGCCCGCAUGGUCAUUUACUUCGCCCCAUUCAGCUUCUGUUAAGAGGGUAAUGAUCACAAUCCUGUACUCAGGGAGUAGCAGCCCUCAGAGAGAGAGAGUGUGAAAGAGAGAAUGUGUGUGUGUAAGAGAGUGGGGGGAGGUCCCUGGGGCGGUGGUGGGGACUGCUUCAUUCAUACCCAGCACAGGGCCUAGUAUGCAGCAAGAUCAAUAAAUACUUGUGGAAAGCAAGACUACUCGCUACCUGUGUCCUCCCAGUGGGAAAGCCGGAGACCCUCACUAGAGGCCAGAUUACUGAUGUGCUCCGCCUGCCAGGCCGGCUCCACCCUCCUGCGUCCUCUCCACCCCCUCCCCUCCUCCCAUGUGACCCUACACUCCUGAUGUCCUGAAUGCGCAAUUCAGGCCUUUUGGCCCUUUAUAGAACUUUGACCUUCUGGAGGCAGGGCAGUCAGCAAGGGGAGGUCUAGCCCCUAGCUCUGUCUCAGAGCAGCUUAACUGGUUUGGACUGCCUAAUCGACCCUGGAAGAUGAACUGGAAGUGCCUGGGGCUGUUUCCCUACAGAUUGGAGUCACUGCACACUGCUUGAAAGCCCCGCCUGCCCUUGGGGCUGCCUGCCUUUGGGGCUGCCCGCCCCUUCUGAUCCCCUUUGUGGGAGAGAGACCUGUCCAAGCAGAGCCGGGACUACAUCUCCCAGCGUGCCUGGCAGAGUGGUGGCCUCUGUGUGCCGGCUGCACCGGUUGCGGGCAACAAUGCAGCGGGCAGUGAGCAUGGUGGCCCAUCUGGGCUUGCAGCUGCGGGCACUCCCGUCGGCCCUGGGCCGUCCGUUCAGUUGUGCACAGGACGUGCUCCGCAGGACACCACUCUAUGACUUCCACCUGGCUCAUGGCGGGAAGAUGGUGGCGUUUGCAGGCUGGAGUCUGCCUGUGCAGUACCGGGACAGCCACGUGGACUCACACCUGCACACACGCCGGCACUGCUCGCUCUUUGACGUGUCCCACAUGCUGCAGACCAAGAUACUUGGUUGUGAUCGGGUGAAGCUGAUGGAGAGUCUAGUGGUUGGAGAUAUUGCAGAGCUAAGGCCAAACCAGGGGACACUGUCGCUGUUUACCAAUGAGGCUGGAGGUAUCUUAGAUGACUUGAUUGUGACCAGCACCUCUGAGGGGUACCUGUAUGUGGUGUCCAACGCUGGCUGCUGGGACAAGGAUGUGGCUCUCAUGCAGGACAAGGUCAGGGAGCUUCAGAACAUGGGCAGUGACGUGAGCCUGGAGGUGGUAGAUAAUGCCUUGCUAGCCCUGCAAGGCCCCACUGCGGCGCAGGUUUUGCAGGCUGGCGUGGCAGAUGACCUGAGGAAAUUGCCCUUCAUGACCAGUGCUGUGAUGGAGGUGUUUGGUGUGUCCGGCUGCCGUGUGACCCGCUGUGGCUACACAGGGGAGGACGGUGUGGAGAUCUCGGUGCCGGCGGCAGCGGCAGUCCACCUGGCAACAGCUCUGCUGGAAAACCCAGAGGUGAAGCUGGCGGGGCUGGCGGCCCGGGACAGCCUGCGCCUGGAGGCAGGCCUCUGCCUGUAUGGGAGUGACAUCGAUGAACACACCACACCUGUAGAAGGCAGCCUCAGCUGGACAUUGGGGAAGCGCCGCCGAGCCGCCAUGGAUUUCCCUGGAGCCUCGAUCAUUGUUGCCCAGCUGAAGGGCAAGGUGCAGCGGAGACGAGUGGGGUUAAUGUGCGAGGGGGCGCCGAUGCGGGCGCACAGUCCCAUCCUGAAUAUGGAGGGCACUGUGAUUGGUUCUGUGACCAGUGGCUGCCCCUCUCCCUGCCUGAAGAAGAAUGUGGCCAUGGGUUAUGUGCCCUAUGAGUACAGUCGGCCAGGUACCCCACUGCUGGUAGAGGUGCGGCGGAAGCAGCAAAUGGCUGUGGUCAGCAAGAUGCCUUUUGUGACCACAAAUUACUAUACCCUCAAGUGAAAGUGGCUUGGGACAGGGCCCUUCCCAUCCAGGAGCCUGGACCUGAGGGCAUUCUACAAGGGUUAGUCAGGAAGCUGAGACCGAAUACAUUGGGGGUAGGUGGCUAGGGUGGAGGUUGGUUCUGGUUGUCUGGUUGAGGGGGGCCCAUACCACCUGUUCCCACCUGCCUCCUGUGCCUAACUUUAAAACCCCAUUUCGGAGCAAGGGACCAGCUCAUGCAAUGUCAGCCUGUGGUCCCACGGACCCCAUUCUUGUCUGCCUGCCGGAGGGCUGUAGGAAGCUUUAGUUCUGGCAUCUGUCCCUUACACUCUGCCAGGUGCUGGCUGUGGAGCAGAGGCUCACAUUUAGGGAGGGGAUAGGCCUGCCCAGCCUACCUCACCAUGGUUUCUCACACUGCAAGGGGCUUAUUACCUUGGGUCGUGCCAGCCAUCUCCUUCAGUUUACUUUCCAUGAAUGCAGACUGGGGCCUCUCCCUCGGUAGGAAUGAUUCCUGACUCACCGAGGGCUGGCCCUGUAGGGCUGCUGUGCCUGUGUAAACUCGGGGACAGCUGAGGAGACACAGACUCACUCUUCCACAUUCCCAAGUUAGCCCAGCCUGCUGCCCAGUAGUAAACCAUGCCAGGCUCACCACCUGUCCUGAGCCCCAGGGCUGUUGUAGGACAGGCGGGGCCUCCUCCUGGACUUGACUUACCCUGGCUGCCCUUUGCCCCUGGGGCCCAUUACUGGACUCCACUGACUUCUAAAAAAA